CUGCCGGCCAAGGGACCAGGAGAGACAGGGUGAGCGGAAUAGAAAGAACAGAGGGGUAGGGUGGUACGCACGCGAGGGUCAAGGAGGGAAGAAGCACAGGAUAGAGGGCUCAAGGGAACUACAGGGGACGCAGGCGCGAACGCAGACGCAUUAAAUCGACGAAACGGCGCCGAGCAUUCCGGCAUCGGCAGACAACGCGGCACGAUCAACCGGAGGUAAUCGUCGUGGAACCUGGGGCCACUUCGUCUUCAACACUUUCAACGCGUAACACCUAUUUAGAACGCGAACAGAAGCUCGAGGAACGUUUAAACCGAUCAUGGGUGUCGUCAAGACUGCGUCCGAGAGCAUCCUCGCGGAAACCGUGAUACCCAGCGAGGAGGCCAAUUACUCCGUGCAAGGUCACGCCGAAGAAUGGACGGAAACGUUCCCGUAUCAACUGUUGGUUGGAACAGGAGUAGCGCUGAUGGCAUUAUUAUUGUUGGCUGCCGUGAGUUUCCAAUGUUCUUCCACCUGGCGAUGGUUAAUGAGGAUGAGACGAAACGUGAAGGAAGAGGAUGCUGAGAGCGAUUUGUCCCAACAAAACGCUAUACGUAUCAGUCAUUCGUUGCCGGACCUUCAAUCAGAACCGAUCACCCAUGAAUACGUCCAGGAACAGAAAGACAGCAAGAAGGUAUUACGUCAGACGACUUUACCCAUUGUCCCGAUGAGACAUCAAAGCUUUCAAAGGCAGCUCUCCCAUCGAUUAGACCUUCCAAAUAUCAAGUUCAGCAUUUGUAGCCUGGAGAAUCGUAGCGAUUCUAGUCUUGGAUUAAUUAAGCCGGAACUUUACAAGAAAGAGCUGCUCAAACAGGAUGACGCGGACAGCUCUAGUACCGCUGAAAUGGAGUUCGCCGGAAGUCUGCGUUUUGGUCUGUUCUACGACAAGGAGAUCGAGUCGUUGAUCGUAAAGGUUUUAGAAGCUCGAGAUUUACCAGAGAAGGACGUGACAGGAAGUAGCGAUCCCUACGUGAAAGUUUAUCUCCUCCCUGACAGGAAGAAGAAGCAUCAGACUAAGGUGCACCGCAAGAAUUUGAACCCCGUGUUCAACGAGACCUUCAUAUUUAGCGUGUCGUACGAAGAGCUCGGGGAACGAUAUCUUCAAUUUUCGGUAUACGACUUCGAUCGAUUCUCUCGAAACGAUUUGAUAGGACAAGUGGUCGUCAAAGGUUUAUUGGAAUGCGCUGAUCUUGAACACGAACUCGAAUACACAAUGGACAUUAUGCGUACCAUGCAGGAAAAGGUGGAUCUGGGUAAAUUGAUGCUGUCGCUUUGCUACCUUCCGACAGCUGGUCGGCUAACAGUGACCGUAAUUAAAGCUAGGAACCUGAAAGCCAUGGACAUAACAGGAUUGUCGGACCCGUACGUGAAGAUAUACCUGUUGUGCCAAGGCAAAAGGAUCAAGAAGAAGAAGACCACUGUGAAGAAGAACACUCUGUGCCCGGUGUAUAAUGAAAUUCUAGUAUUCGACGUGCCGGCAGAGAACAUCGAAGACGUUAGUCUCAUAAUAAAAGUAAUCGAUUACGACAGAAUUGGAUCGAACGAGUUAAUGGGCUGCACGGCAAUCGGCUCCAGUUUCAUCGGUAUCGGUCGUGACCACUGGCUAGAAAUGCUGGAUAAUCCAAGGAAACCUGUGACGCAAUGGUAUCCUUUGAUGGAAACGGUCGCUGGUCACAUUCCAGCUGUGAAUUCGGAGCCGCUUCCAGUGAGUCUGAGCUGCUUGAACAGUAGAUGAAGACAGUACGGCUGGGAUAAAUAUCGCGGGAAGUCGCAGUUUUUGUCGGACGUCGUUUCGGGCGUUGUUUCCUUCUGUCGUCAUUUAAUGCACAUCGCUUGACUGACUUAAGUACAAUUUCUAUCUCAACAGGUUCGGAUGAAACAGAAGCAAAAUACAAACCAAACAGUAUAAAACUCUGUGCUUUGAAACAUAAUAUAUCGUGCGGUGAGCGUGAAAUAGUAAACGUGCAGUAGACAGUAAUAAAAUGUUUGUAAAGCUUAGUACGAUAUAGAGAGUCGAUGGAAGGACGAGGUUGCUCAAACUACUUUUGAAAAAUAUCCAAGAUGAAAAAACAAAGUAUCCCUAAUAUCGAUAAGAACAUACAAAACGAGAGAAAGAGAGGGAGAGAAUGAGAGUGAGCAAGCGAGAGAGAUAAGAAAAAAAGAUAGAAUAGUUUAUUUUUUGAAGAAAUGAAUUCAGGCUGGCCCUGUAUUCUAGAAUCGUUUAUCAAUUCCACUGAUCGUAUAUUUUAUCAACGAGAGAGAAACACUGACUCAAUAAGCGGUUGUGAACGAGCAAAUUUUUCCAAUUUCUUCAAUUGCAAAACAUAAAUUUUCACAUUCUAUACACCUUGCUCUUCGAUUGAACGACGCGACGGUCAGAUAACAAAAGAGAAUUCAACAAAAUUUCGCGUAUUGGAAAAUAAUUGUCGAGCAGAGCAUUGUGGAGUACUAGAGUCUUCGUUGUACGCACAGCUGUUAGUAAUUGUUGCAGUAAGUAAUCGUUGCAUCGCGAAAAAGGGAUCGAACGUGCACGUUUCUACUCGAUAUUGCUUCACGAUUGUUUGCAAUGCUUGUCAGUGAUUCGAAGCGUAUUCUACCGUCUUCCUCGACGAGUCGUAUUUGCUUAUGGAUUUCGUUUUAUAUUGAUCAUCGCGCUGAAUGCUGUCGAGAUCACCAAUUGCACGUAAUAGAUAUUACAAAUUCAAUACAACAAAAUUACUAGAAGGUACAAAAAUUUCAAAGGAAUUUUAAGUAGCAUUGUUAUUGCAUUAAUUUCAUAAGCGAAAGAAAAUUAUAUGUUUAUUUCGUUGCGCUUAAUCCAUCAAAGAGUUCUGUUGCAAUCCGGUCAUUCCUCCGUACGCCCACGCAACGAGAAAGUUUAACCAAUCAUCAUAAGCUUCAGCGCGAUUAAAUCUUUUCUAUGCGAAACGUGUAUACUGAUGCCUGCAGGAACGAUAACUUGGCAAAACACAAAUAGUAGGUACAAAAAUUGUUUUCAAUGACGAACCGUGUGAUCCUUCAGGGAUCUAUCACGAUCGGACACCACUUUCGUGCUUCCGUAACACUCUUGUUUCUAUCGAUCAAUCCGAUGCAUGACACCGCGAAAAAACGUUCUAAGGACAAUAAAGCCAUGUAAUCCAUAUGUAGAUCUUUCUUUAGUCUUCGAAUAGCAAUAUUCCUAUUGUUAACGUACAUAUAACGCUGUAUCGUUGGUCCACUGUACACUCACGUUCAAAAAUCACAGGCCACAAGACACUUCAUUUUUUAGAAUUAUGAAAAUCAAAGAAGGAACGCGAACUUUGUUAUUGUUAGUUUUCAACACGUCAAAAUUAUUGAAAAUAGUAUUCAAGAUACAUGGAGAAUUUAUUCUAAAUUCCGAUCACUUCUUUUUAAGUUUUCGUGAAAUCUCAAUGAAUACUCUAUGACUUCUGAACGAGAGCGUACAUUGGGUACGCAAAACCGUGUUUAGUAACAACAUCAAUAUUAACAAAUGAAAAUAAAAAAAGGAGACGAGAAAAAGGGAGAAUAGAUGUAGCGAAGCAACGUUUACUAAUUCACGCUCGUACGCAAUUUUCGCGUAAAUGUUCUUAAUUUAACAUGAUACGUGUUUAGGUAUAAAGCUCGUCGAAGGGCGCCGUUUGUGAUAACGAGGCCGGAAGCGCGUGCACACGCGCGGGAAUGCGACCCAUACGAGGACAUGUACCAAUAAGUUCACGUUAUAUCGAGGCAAAAUAUCCCGUGUGCUCGAUAAUAGGACGCGUGUGACACGCGUGGAAGGCCACGUCGUAGAGAACAGUAAAUCAACGCGAACGAUGCGUGGCACGUAUGAUAUCGUAACGCGUGCAUCUAUGAUGUAUCGUGAAAAUAUGUACACGUAGACGUGAAAAUUCACUUGAGAUCACGGACAGAGAGGAGAAUGUACAAAAUGGCACGAUUUAAUGAUUUCGUGCAAUCAGUUAACGUUUCGAUGUGGUACAGAUUCUAUAGAAAAACAGAGGAUAUUAUAGUAUACAUGGGCGUCCCUGGAAAGCGGAUGAGCGAAGAGGAAUGUUGAAAUAAUGAAAGAAAUAGUUAAGAAGACAGUAUUAACCCUUUAGGUGCGGAAGGUUUAAAAAAUAGCCAUUUCUUGGUUUUCUGUGGAAACGAAAAUUUCAUGCACGAUAUUUAAGAGUAAUAGUUGGAAUAUUAACAAAAAGCCCUUUGAACACAAAUGAAAUCAAUAAACGAUAUUAAUUUACAAUGUGUAGCAGCUAAAGGGUUAAACCGAUAUGAUUUAACGAUCUAACGUAGUGACAGCAUUCUGUGUUUCAUGUUGCUGAAAGUAUACCCAAUCUGUACCGAAACAUGCAUAGCGAAUAGAUUAGUAUCCGACUAAUAACCGAAAAACGGUGAUAAUUAGAAGAAAAUGUGCCAAUACACAGAAAAGUAGUAUUAGUAGCGUAGAAUAGCGAAACGUAGUGCACAAGAUGAAAAAAAGCUUUUAAUGGUUAAUCCUGAAAAUACGUAGCCAGACAUAUAUCCAUAUAAAUAUAUAUACAUUUAUGUAUAAUCCUUGUACCAGAUCGUAUCCAGUCAAUUUGAUCGUGGUUGCCCGUGAGGUCGCCUUCUUUUUCUAGAAUUCUUGUUGCACUUCUCGUUUUCGCGUUCCAGCGACGCCCAUCGCGGACAAAACUAAUCAAGAUAACUGUAUUUUUCGUACAAAUUGCGAACAUUCUACUACAGACUGAGCUUAUUCGAAUAACUUUCACACGAGCUUCGUGGAAACAAAAAAAGAAAAAAAAGAACAAAUGGAAAGGACACGUAAUUUUGUAAAUUAGAGUAGUCGUACGAAGUGGGUCAACUUGGAGAACAUUUUUUCUACGAACGUAAGGAACGGAUACAAUAGAAAAAAUUGGAUGUUAUUCUAUAGGCUAUCGAACGAUAUAUUUGAUCUGUAUUUAUUUUGAAUACAGAACACCGUGUCCAAUCGAGGACACCAAUGUGUAUUUGACGUCGUCGAACUGUAUUUAAUGUGUCGAUUCUUUUAUUCUAACGUUUUUUGUAUUCGUUUCGAUGUAGUGUUAAUGUGCAUAGCCGUCGAUGUUCGUUCAAGUAAACGUAUGAUUUUGUACGUGAACAUGGUGAUUUGGAGUAACGUUGAUACACGAUAUCGUUCAAUUUCUAUCGUUUGGAUCUGUCCGAGCAAUUUCAAUCACAGCAUCCUCUCGCACUCGACUACCGAUGGGCUGAUAACAAUUAUUUUGAAUUAUCAGAAAAUUUUAAUUCAAUUUGAAUAUCAUUUACGAUUCAAAUUUCUUGAAUUUCAGGGGUUUUGAGAAGAUCUUGGAAUUAUUAAAAAUCGUGAAAUUGUAUUAUUAUUCGAACAAUGUGUUAUUCUGGACCAAUUCUUUGGAGACCACCAGUAUGAUCAAUCAUUACGAAUUGCUUGGAAAUUGGCAGGAUAGAAUAUUGAUUGCCCAUCAACUAUUGACACCGCUGUCGAUACUCUGUGACACGCGUACAUAUCAAUUGCGACGAUGCGGGCUGACAGGUAUCAAUUUCACUGGAUAAUUAUUAUCAGAAGAGCGUGAAAAUCAGCUAGCAGACUAAAGUCUAUUCUAAUCAUGAAAGUGACACCGUAAACUUAUUUAACCAAAAACUGCAGGCGAAUCGAGUCAAGGUAUCACGGUACCGGUGAUAAUAUGCAUUUUCUAACGAGUAUGUAUUUAUCUAUACUGUAUAUCCGGGCACGCAGCUGUCCAUUCGUGAUUGUGAAUGAAAUAAAUAAAACUCGGUACCAUAUAAGAUCCUUUGUUCUUCAUUUCUCUUGGAAAAAAAUCAG